AUGUUUAUUUGCGAUCUUUUCUCAUUACUAGUAAGUUGUUCAUUUCUUGUAGCCCUAGAAAUUUAUUCUUAUAAUCCAGAAUUUGCUUUAUUCGGAUAUGAAACUCCGGAUUGGACACCGGCAUCAUUCUUUAAAGUUAAGCGCAAAAUUGAUGUGCCUCUAGAAAAAAAUUGGCCAGUAUUACGAUAUAUAAAUGAAACAAUAGAAGAUCCUACGCAAUACCAUUUCUCAUAUAGAAAACCGAAAGAAACACACGACUACAACUUUUAUUACAAGACACUUCAGACUACACACUAUAGACUUGAAAGAGCAUAUGUUAGCUUUAAUGGUGCUGUAGGUCUUGAUGAAAACACCAUUUUCCAACCAACAGAUUUUGAAAGGAACGCUACAAAUGCAAGUGUUGUAGGCCAUUACCGCGAGGUUAUUGUUACAGGAUAUUUAUGGGCAACAUAUAAUUUUGGCCAUUCAUUUGAAGAUUUUUUCACUCCACUAUUUUUAAUUCCUGAAGAAAUUAGAAGGAGAUCACAUAUUAUUGUAUUCUCAAUGCCAUUUCUCUAUAA